CGCCUCCGUGCAGUGUCAGUUCUCCUGUCAGGCCAUUCUGAAGAGGACGAAAGUGACCCAAAAGUGUUAAAAGGAUACUUUGAAAAAAAGUCAAAAUGCGUGCCUAUCAAGUAAUCGUAUUUGCGGCGCUAUGCACAGUCGCCAGCGCAGGGUACAUCGGUGGCUACGCCGGGUACGGAGAUUACGCAGGAGCUGAUCAUGGGGACUAUUACUCCCAUCCACAUUACACAUUUGAUUACUCGGUGAAAGACCCUCACACUGGUGACUACAAAAACCAGUGGGAAACCAGAGACGGUGACGUUGUAAAAGGUUCUUACUCUCUGGCUGAACCUGACGGCACCACACGUAUCGUCGAGUACACCGCCGACAAGAUCCACGGCUUCAACGCUGUAGUCAAGCGCAUAGGCCAUGCCCACCACCCGCAAGUCUACGGUCACGGCGGCGAUUACUACGGAUAUCACUAGAUGGCGUUGCCCAACCUAACUUGUUAAUUACCACCUCGACCGACAGAUGGCACUGUAAAUAAUUUUAUUUCUAGUUAAGCGCUCAAGUACCUACAUUGAUUAUGUCGACCUGUGAUAUUUCAUAUUGUUUUGUGAUUGCGUUCAUGAUGGGAUUGAAUGGGAUUAAGUUGUAAAGAAUUAAAAUGUUCAUUUCAUCUUUAUCAAUAUAUGUAAUAUCUAUAUUUACUUAGAAUAUAGUAUAUAUUUGAUCUAGUAAGGAAAUUACAUACUACUGGUUCAAGAUCAUGCAGUUACUUUAGUUCUAAGAACGUUACAUAGAUGGCAGGUCUUUACACAGAACACAUACAUUAUUAUAUCUUAUUUUGUGGUGGAAUUUGACAAAAUAAUUUUAUUUAUGUGUAUAAGAGGUUGACAAAGCGACGAAAUUAUUGUUAUUUUGAUACGAAUCAAAACCAAAAUAAAAUAAUUUAAUUUUA